AUGCUUCGCCUGUGCGUCGAGCCCAAACUCGUCCACCUCCUCCGCGCCUCCCCACCAGGUUGCCUGGGGCACGGGCCGGCGCUCAUGGAUGCGACCUUGCAGGCCGCCUUUGCCAGCAUUACGGAACUGGGCCCGCUCCAGCCUCACCACCUGGAGCAAAUGUCGCUGCCUGUGCAGCAAGGAGGUUGCGGCAUCGGGGCCCUAUCUCUCAAGCAUGGCGCAGCCUUUGCAGGGAGCUGGGCGCUGUGCCUUGCCCCGGUCUUAGCGCGGCUUCCUGUAGCAGAUGCCGCCGGCAUCAUGACAGCCCUGCAGGUUAACGACAGGACCCAUCCCGUGGCAGCGUCGCUCCUACUUGCGCAAGACGUGCUGCGCACCAGCGGCGUAUCGUCUGCCAAGUUGCCUGACUGGGGCGCGGUUGCCAAAGCGCCACGUCGGGGCUGUCAGCACACCCUCUCCGCUGCUGCCGCCGUCGCCGCCAGAGAACGCUUGCUCGCCGGGCUCGAGCUGCGCGACGCAGCCCGCGUCCGGUCUUGCGGCGGCGACGGAGCCGGGCAGUUCCUUGUAUGCCCUGCGCGCGAAGGCUGGCGUACUGAACUCUUCGAUGGAGCGUUCUGCCACGCCGUUCGCUGGCGCCUGGGUGUGCCGACCACCUCAGCGGGCCAAACCUGCCACAUCCGCUGCCAGGCGUCGGGCGGACGCUGUGCACAACCACUGGACCCGCUGGGCCACCACGCAGUCGUGUGCAAAUACGGGGGAUUCAAAACGUUUCGCCACUCCCGUCUUGUCCACGAACUGCGCGGUGUGCUCCGCGAGUCCGGGGCCGUUGUGCCGGCCCGUGAAGUUGAGGUGCCCGGAUGGCAGCGUGCUGACGGCACGCGGGCGCGGCUAGACGUCGCGUUCGCGUGGGCAGGCCGUGAGUGCUAUGCAGACGUCACCAUCCGGCACCCAUGCGCCGCCAAGUAUGUCCGACAGGCGGGUGCGCAGGACGGGGCCGCGCUUCGUCUUGCGGAGGCUGGAAAGCGGUCGCGCUACCCUGCGGUCGCCGCCGCGGGGCUGGAUGCGGUCGAGCCCUUCGCCGUUGAGACGUUCGGCCGGCUCGGGCCGAACGCGGUGCGCCUGCUCCGGACGGCGCGGCAGCAGGCUGCGGAGCAGCAGGCCCCGUAUGCUCGCUGGACGGGCACUGCCUUGCACCAGAAAUGGCUCGCGUCCCUCAGCUGCUCGCUUCAGCAGGCCCUGUAUGAGGCCUCGAGCGACAUCUUAAGCCAGCGGCUAUUUGUCAGGCAGGUGUUGAUUCUUCUGAUGUGCCUGCAAGGUGUUCAGGAAGGUGCCCUACAAUGCUUCAUUGAGAGCUGCAAUGACCGCUUCAAGGGCGGCUUUACGGGCGGCUUCUCGUGUGGAGUUUACGGGCAGCUUUGUGGGCGGCAUUACGGGCGGACUUUAAGGGCGGCUUUGCGGGCGGCUUUAUGGGCGGACUUUACGGGCGGACUUUACGGGCGGAGGUUACGGGCGGGUGGUUUGGCUGGCGGGUGUGGCCGGAUGACCUCCAGUCAGGGGACACGAGACAACGCAGAUUUCACCUCCAUGCCGCCCAGGGCCAUGAAGACUUUGCUGACGGAGGAGACCGUGCAGGUGCCAAAGGGUAUCAAGAUCACCAUCAAGUCCAAGGUUGUGGAGGUGACCGGCAAGCAUGGCUCCCUGAAGAGGGACUUCAAGCACCUUCCCAUUGAGAUCUUCCUCUCCGACGGCGGCAAGAAGGUGGUGGCGCGCAUGUACUUCGCCAAGAGCAAGCAGUGCUCCAUGCUGAACAGUGUCUGCAGUCACAUUGCCAACCUCUUCGAGGGCGUGCAGCACAAGUUCGAGUACAAGAUGCGCCUGGUGUAUGCGCACUUCCCCAUCAAUGCCAACAUCAUCAACGGCGGCAAGACCAUCGAGAUCCGAAACUUCCUGGGUGAGAAGGUGGUGCGGACUGUGCACAUGCUGCCUGGCGUGACCGUGGAGAAGAGUGCCUCCACCAAGAUCUACGUAGGUUUCCAGCAGACGCAGAACUUCUCAGUUGUCUUUGACACUGGUUCUGGGCAUUUCUUCCUCCCAUCAGUGGACUGCACGUCCGAGUCGUGCCGGUCGCACCGGCAGUACGACGUCGGCAAGUCUUCCACGGCCAGGUUCGUAGACCAUGAGGGCGCCAAGGCAGAAAACAACGAGGAUGAGGUGGCGAUCACCUUCGGCACCGGCAGCAUCCGUGGAAACUUUGUCGAGGAGCUGGUGUGCUUCUCGGAGCCCCGAGGCCUGCAGGCGCAGCCGGACAAUGGCUGCGCUCGCGUGAACCUGGUGACAGCCACGGAGAUGUCUGCGGAGCCGUUCCAGAGCUUUACCUUUGAUGGCGUCGUGGGCUUAGGGCUCAAGGCGCUGGCAGUGGAGCCGAACUUCAGCAUCUUUCAACAGCUGGCCAAGAUCUCCCACUCCAGCUUCUUGCCGCAGUUUGCCUACUUCAUCUCCGAGCAUGACCACGUGCCCAGCGAGAUCAGUUUCGGAGGCCACAACCCACAUAGGAUGCAGUCGGCGCUGCGCUGGGUGCCCGUCUUCAAGCCGGAGCGUUUCGGAUCCAAGGGUUUAGGGUUUAGGGUUUAG